UGUGAACGUCUCAAGCGGUUAUCUGCCGGGAAGGGCCCUCGAGAACAGAUUCAAAAAUCGUUUUAUAUCUCAUAAAAGUGCAGAUAGUGCAUUAGGAGUUCCCAAAGGCAGUGGUAGAUAGAAAAGUAUUUCGAACAGAUAGAAGACAGUUUUCAAAGAAGCAAUUUCUAAGUACAUUUCUAAGAUGAAACUUAAUCGCAUGAAGCUGCUCUUUGGCUCCGCGGGCACCCUCGUCUUUGCCAUUCUCUUUGGCUGGGUUAUGUUCCCGAAGAUACUCAAGUUAAUGAUCUCAAAGCAAGUAACUCUAAAGGUGGGCACGGAUGUCAGGGAACUCUGGUCAAAUACUCCCUUCCCCCUUCACUUUUAUUUCUACGUUUUCAAUGUCACCAAUCCGGAUGAGGUAUCCGAAGGAGCUCGUCCGCGCCUCCAGGAAGUGGGUCCCUUUGUUUUCGACGAAUGGAAGGACAAGAUUGAUCUGGUGGAUGAUGCUGUAGAGGAUUCGGUGACCUUUACCAUGAGGAAUACUUUUAUUUUCAAUGUGGAGGCAUCGUAUCCACUGACCGGAGAAGAAACAAUCACCCUGCCACAUCCAAUUAUGCAGCCUGGUGGCAUCACAGUGCAGCGCGAGCGUGCAGCCAUGAUGGAGCUGAUAGCCAAGGCAAUGUCUCUGGUGUUUCCUGGGGCCAAGGCCUUCCUCUCCGCCAGGUUUAUGGAUCUGUUCUUUCGUGGCAUCGAUGUGGACUGCUCAUCGGAUGAGUUUGCUGCCAAGGCCCUGUGCACAGUGUUCUACACUGGCGAGGUGAAGCAAGCGAAGCAGGUCAACCAGACUCACUUUUUAUUCUCAUUUAUGGGGCAAGCCAAUCAUUCGGAUGCUGGACGCUUUACUGUAUGCCGUGGCGUGAAAAACAAUAAGAAGCUGGGAAAGGUCAUACGAUUCGCAGGGGAAGCCGAGAUGGAUGUGUGGCCGGGGGAUGAGUGCAACCAAUUUCAGGGCACUGACUCCACCGUGUUUCCCCCUGGUCUCCGCAAGGAUGAGGGCCUGUGGGCCUUCACACCCGAUCUGUGCCGGUCGUUGGGGGCCACCUAUGUGAGGAAAUCCUCGUAUCAUGGCAUGCCAUCCACCAGAUACACUCUGGACUUGGGGGACAUGCGCUCGGAGGAGAAGCUGCAUUGCUUCUGCGAUGAUCCCGAGGACCUGGACACGUGUCCGCCCCGGGGCACCAUGAAUCUGGCACCCUGUGUGGGCGGUCCUCUCUUGGCCUCCAUGCCGCACUUUUACAAUGCGGACUCAAAACUUGUGGCCGCCGUUGAUGGCCUUAAUCCAAAUGAGAAGGAUCAUGCAGUUUACAUAGAUUUUGAGCUGAUGUCUGGCACGCCCUUUCAGGCGGCCAAGCGUCUUCAAUUUAAUCUCGACAUGGAGCCCGUGGAGGGCAUUGAGGCACUGAAGAAUCUCCCGAAGCUCAUCCUCCCGCUCUUCUGGAUCGAAGAGGGCGUGCACCUGAACAAGACAUACACGAAUAUGGUCAAAUACACGCUGUUCCUUGGCUUAAAAUUCAACUCUGGCCUGCGUUGGACUCUCAUCACCCUCUCCCUGGUGGGCCUGAUGUCCGCUGCAUAUCUUUUUUAUCAGAACUCCGAUAGCCUGGACAUUACUUUGCCACCGAAGAUCCUCAAGGAAGUCAACAAAGUGGCCGAUGCGGCCUUGAAUUCAAAGCCCUUGGCUCCAAAGGCCCCUAUCAUGCCGCAGGCGACUAUUCCAGGCACCAAUCCUACCGCCCAGCCUCCCACAGGCAUUCCUCCAUCUGUUCCAGGCAUUUCCCCACUGCCAAAUCUCAAAAUGGAGCAACGAGAGCGCUUCUAGAGCCAAGAAAGAGAAAAGGGGAAGGAUCUAUGCGAUCUCUAGGAUCCACUGUUCCUUCUACACAUCACCCACUACCCACUACCCACUGUAGUUUCUUAGCAGGGAAGCACGUAGAAGCAAUCCAAAUGCCAAUAAAAUGCUACAGCAAAUCUGAGAGAUUUCUGAUGAAAAUAAAUCAUCAAGUGAGCAGCGAAAAGCCACUGAAAUGUCCAAGAAAAUUAAUUAUAAUAUUUAUUGAAAUAAAGCUGGUAUCUGGCA